AAUUUUGUCCAUUUUUUUUCUCUCAAAAUCACGCCCCCACACCUUUAUUCUCAUCAAAGCGCACACACAAACCUCCAUCGAUCUGUCGAAGUUGUGUUCCCUCCCCGCCGUCGCAGUCGUCGGCCUCCUCUCCGCCUCCAGCUCCGACUGCUACGCCACAGCACCUCCGGCUCCACCUCCGACUGCUACGCCAAAGCACCUCCGACGACUUCUACAACGACGUCUACAGUUGCCACAUGAAGCUAAUUUACGCCCAUGGCGUUUUCAUUGGCAGAUCAAAGCUUUUGCUGAAAAGUUUUGAAUGCAGCUUAUGGUGCCUCUCAUGCUGCAGGUGGUAGUGGAAUGGAUGUUAAAGAAUUUCUACUGUUCAUUCAAAGAUUCGCGAACGAGGAAUGUUUGAAUGUGUAUUUUUGCAUGCCAGGAUUGAGGAUAAUAGCCAUCGAGAAAGACUACCAAGGGUUCAUUCAAGUUGGGUACGACAACUGAUGUGUAAUCCAAGUUUACAUGGAUCAUCUUGGUUCUAAUGUCCAUCAAUGGAUACUGGAUGACGAAGCUGAAGUUUGUAGUUCUGAAGAUAAGAUGCCGGGUGUAGGGGAAAUAACGAGGACUUGCAUAGCCUGAGACCUUUUCAGAAUGAGAUUGAUGACUUGCAAAGUUAAUGUACAUGAUUAUUUCAUUCCACUCCUAUGAAUAAGACCAUAAAUGAUGUUUUUUUGAGCAAGCUAUGCCCUAAAGUGCAGUCAAUCCCAUCAAGUCCUCCUGAUGAGGAUGCAUAUUUUCGUAUGGAUGACAAUGACACAAAUGUUGAGGAAGUGACAACCUAUAAUGAAAAUGUUAACUGGAAAAAACAAAAACCUGUGUUUCUGCCAUUCUCUCCCCACAAUCACAAAAAAUUGUGUGUAUGUCACUGAAAUUCAUCCGGUCUCGAGAAUUUAACGAGAUCGAAUCUGAUGACAGUGGUGCGGUAGCCAUCUCGUGAUUCUCGUGAAAGGGAUUGUCUCCUUGUCGGUAAUUGUUUGGCCGAAAAUGGGUAUAAUGUAUUAGGGUUUGCUUUAUUAAACCCUCCCUUUAUAUAUAUUGGGACCACAAUGACCCUUAGGGACCAAGCAACCGAUUCGACUCAACUCGGUGACGUGUAGGGCGAGUCGACUCCGAAUGAACUCAUUACAUGACUUGGAGUGUGACUAGGCUAAGAAACCAGGUCAUUGGACUACUUUAGCUGGUAAAACUACAUUUUGUUCCCCUUAAAUGUCAAAAAAAACAAAAGGGACCUUUUAAACCAAAUCAUGAAACUUCAUAGGGCUACAAUGACAUUUACCCAAGGGGAAGACGAUAUCGUUUCCAUGAGCUCCAAUUUUGGUUCUAAAAUGGUGGAGCCUUCUGUAAUUUCGAAUGCGAGAUUUACAUAUGUGCAUGACUAUCAUAAGUUUCUUCCUCUCCAAGCCGUUGACACCCACCAUAUUAUCGCUCAGAGAAGUGUUGUGAAGCCAAUUGUCAUAUACCUCUUUGUGAUACUUCUCGUAGCAUAUGCUACCUUUCUCCAUUUCGAACAGGGAAAACCAGUCACGACUGUUUUAUGGUGCCUACUUUUUGGUCUUCUCUUGGUCAAAUUGUUUAUUUGGAGACCAAUUGUGAAAGAGUCCGUGAUAAUCAUGCCUUCUUUUGGAGUCCAACUUGAAACUCAUUAUGGAAGUGGAAAGAUAAGGCGAUGCUUUAUCCCUGUAAGCAAGAUUCUUAAACCGGUGCUUAAUGAACAUGUUACUCCAGUUACUUGUUGGUGGUGCUUAUCUCUCCUACUACGUGACCAAGAUGAACUUACCUUAGUUUUCAAGAAAUUCCAUCCACCCUUGAAAAUGUUGGUACCCAUAUGGAAAGCUUUAUGUGAUGCCACUGAAUGUAAACAAAGCUCUGAGGUGUUUCAAGAAGAAGAGUAAGUUGGUGGUUUAUCAUAACACAAUUACCUUUUGGUUCCUUUCUCCUCUUCAAAGGCUCAAAACAUGUACAUGUUUCAUGUCAAAAAUUGAACUUUUGGUCUUUUUGUAUCAUGUUUUAUAAUUAUAAUCAAGAACCCUAAAAAAUAAAACACGAGGUGUUAUCUUAUAGCCAAUUUUAUAUCAACAAUGUUCGAGAUGUUGUUGCAAUUUGGGGCAUGACUUAUUUUCAUUUCUCUCGAUCA